AUGCCGACUCAGCACCGCAUCCUCUCUCUCGUCUACAAUGAGUUCGAGGCCCUCGAUCUCUUCGGCCCAUUAGGCGCCAUCGUGCCCCGAAGUGACUACUACACUUUGGAAUUGGUCAACCUCCACAAUCUCGACUCCCCUCGAGGUCUCGAAACCUCCAUCAAGAACGGCAUCGGCGUCAUCCCGACCCUUUCAUUGGCCGAGGCCCUCCAAGACGACCGGCAAUUUGACACCCUGUUCAUCCCGGGUGGCUUUGGCAUGAUGCCCCUGGUCUGGGACCCAAUCUUGCUGCAGCGUAUCGGUCAGCUGGUGGAUCGUGCUCCCAACGUUUUCACCGUCUGCACAGGCUCGAUCCUGCUGGCCGCAACUGGCCGGCUGAACGGUCGCAAGGCAACGACCAACAAACGCCUCUACGAUGAGGUGACUCCAAAGCACCCUGGAGUACAGUGGCAGAAGCGUGCCCGCUGGGUGCAAGAUGGUAAAUUCCUGACCUCGUCUGGUGUAACGGCGGGUAUCGACGCAGGAUUUGCUUUCCUUGCGAACACUUAUGUCGCACCGGAGGACCGCCAGGCUCAUCCCGAGGCGCAAAAGGCGUCCGCCAAGGGCGAUGAGACCCCUAUCCCGGGUUUCAACAAGGAAAAAGCAAUGGGUCAUGCGCAUUUCACCGCGUUUGGCUUGGAGUACCGCUGGCACUCCGAUCCCGAGGAUGAUCCUUUUGUGGAUUUGCCUGGCACUAACGGCAGCGCAUAA